AUGGCAUUCAACGAGCGACUCAAGGGACUAGACGAGUAUGGCAUCAUUCUAGGCUCCAACUCGCCGCGGCGAAGAGAGAUCAUGGAGCGGAACUUUGGCUUUGAAAACUUCCAAGUGAUGAAAUCGAACUUUGAAGAAGACCUCGACCAGCGUGGCUUGACUCCCCUAGAAUACGUCAAGAGAACCUGUCAAUGCAAAGCUGAGGAUUUGCUAGCUACAAUUGAGCAGGAACAGCGCUAUUGCAACGAAAAUGUUGUCUUGUUGACUUGUGACACUAUCGUGAGCUGUAACGGCAAGAUUCAUGAAAAACCCGAGCUGAGGCAAGAACAAGUGGCCAUGUUGGCUGAAUACUCGAGACACCCUGAUUUGGAAGUCAUAUCUGCCGUGUCGGUCUACGUCAUUCGGCGUGGUGUCAAUAUUCCGCGCCUCGAGCUUCAUGAUCAUUGCGUCACGAAGCUCCAUUUCAAGCUGGAUAAUGAGGAUGUCGUGCAAGCUUAUGUCGUUAGUGGAGAAGGGUUGAGCGUUGCUGGCGGGUUCAAGUACCAGGAAAAAGGAUGCCUCUUGUUUGACGAGAUCGAAGGGGAUUACUAUAACGUUGUCGGGUUGCCCACUAUCGCUUACACCAUGCUAGCCAAAGCUCUAGCAAAUUGA